CGGCUUCCUAGCUUUACGACAGCUAUAGCUAUGGCGGCGCUCGGUGGAAGAUUUGAAAGCGCUAGGAGUAUCGAAGAGCGAAAAGAACAGACCCGAAUUGCCAGGGCGGAAGUGUUACGCCAGGCCAAAGAUAAUUUUGAAAAAGAACAAAGGCGUAAAGAACUUAAGCAACUUCGAGGUGAGGACACAUGGAUGCUACCUGAUGUAAAUGAGCGAAUUGAACAGUUCUCACAGGAACACUCUGUGAAGAAAAAGAAGAAAAAGGACAAGCAUUCAAGAAAAGUGAAGAAAGAGAAGAAAAAGAAGAGCAAGAAACAGAAGUGUGAAAAACAGAGUGAGUCGACAGGCAGUUCCUCGAGCUCUGAAGAGUGGGUUGAGGCCAUUCCCUCCCAGCCACUUGGCAAAGAAAAGACCUGGAAAGUGAAAGACGAAAAGCCAGAAAAAGAAUCUGACAGCCACGUUAUGCAGCGGGAUGAGUGGAUGACUGUAGAUUUCAUGUCUGUUAAAACUGUGUCCUCAUCAUCACUCAAAGCUGAAAAGGAAGCUUUAAAGAAAACAGAGCAGGAAAAAGCCCAAGCACUAGAGCAGUCCAAAUUGCUAGAAAGAGAAUUGAAUCCAUACUGGAAGGACGGUGGCACGGGUCUCCCAUCAGAAAAUUGUAUACCAGCAGUUACUAAAGCUUCAGGAGUAGAGGAUGGUGGAUUAAGCUGGCUAAGAAAGUCUUAUCAAAGAAUGAAAGAACAAGCUCAAAAAGAAAACAGAAAUUUUGAGGAUAUUGUAGCUGAAAAAUAUGGGUCAAUGGAAAUAUUUCAGUCAAAAUUAAAAGAAGCUGAAAAUAUUGCAUGCAAAAGAGAAGACUAUGGACGGGAACGGUGGAGGAAGCCUUCAUAUUCAUAUAGAGCCCAGAGUGGUCAAGCAAGUGGCACUUCAGACUUAGUGAAAUGUAGGAAGGGCUCAGAGGAGAGACACUUUGCAACAGAGACUGCAAACAGCAGCAGCAGCGACUGUAAGUUUAGUUGUCCUGACACAGGGAAGAGAUCUGGGGUUUUACAAACAGGUAGAAGAGAAUCUGCUCCAAGACAAAGGCAAGAAUCUUCUGGAAAUAUGAGGCUUAAAUUCUUACGACCCUCUGAUGAUGAUGAACUGUCAUUUCACAGCAAGAGGAGAAAUUUCGAACAAUCUACUUUGUCUUCUACGUUAGUGGCUCAGGCUCCUUUGCAUUUUGAUUUUCGAAAAUCCACAGAGAACAGUGAAGAAAAUUUGACAUCCUGGAGCCUGUCUGAUGGGCAAAAAGGAGACCAAAAUGAUUCAGAUCAAAAACCAUUGGGAACCUCGAGCUGCAGUGCUGAUCAGCAAUCUCCAGGAGAUAGGAGAGGACACUUGCAAGCUGAAAGCUUGAUGGGUGACCCACCAAGAAGAGGACACUCACAGGAUACAAAGUCAACAUUUGCUGGUUCAGAGACAGAAUCUACCUGUAUCUUGAGUGUUGAUGAAAAGAACAAGUUGGGUGCCAAGAUUAUCAAGGCAGAGAUGAUGGGGAAUAUGGAAUUAGCUGAACAACUUAAAGCCCAACUUAAAGAGGCAAAUAAAUUUAAAGAAACCACAACACAGAUAUCAACAAAAAGAUCUGGAGUAGAGCAUGAAGAUGAAGAAGUGAUUCUUACUAGAACAGAUGAGUAUGGAAGAACGUGGCCUGUCAACAUCCCCAGAGAGACCCUGGAUGUGAAAGCAAAAAGAAGGAAGAGACAAAAAGUUUCAACUCAUGAGGAUAAAGAAAGAAUCCGAUACUUUCCUGAUGAUGAUCAUUUGAGUCUCAGUGAUUUAGUCAAGAAUGAGAAAAUGAGAACAGAUAUUGAUCAAAACAGACUUUUCAUGAGAAUGGCAUCCAAGUUCAUGGGAAAACCAGAUGAUGAUCAUUAUACUCUGGAUGACAUGUUUGUCUCCAAAGCAGCUGAAAAAGAGCGUAUUGGUGAAAAGGAAGAAUGCCAGAGGAGGAAAGCAAUUGCCGAACAUCAGAGUCUCGCCACACAGAUGACCAACUGUCUAUACUGUUUUGAUAGCUCUCAGUUCCCCAAGCACCUUAUUGUUGCCAUCGGGGUGAAGGUUUAUUUAUGUUUACCCAACUUCCGGUCUCUUACUGAGGGCCACUGCCUCAUAGUCCCUCUGCAGCAUCUUCAAGCAGCUACUAUGUUGGAUGAAGAUAUCUGGGAGGAGAUUCAGAUGUUUAGGAACUCAUUGGUAAAGAUGUUUGAAGAAAAAGGAUUGGAUUGCAUCUUUUUAGAGUAUAAUAUGGGCAUGAAGAAGCAUUACCAUAUGGUUUAUGAGUGUAUCCCUCUUCCAAGGGAACUGGGUGAUAUGGCCCCUAUCUAUUUUAAGAAAGCCAUAAUGGAAUCUGACGAAGAAUGGUCUCUGAAUAAGAAGUUAAUUGAUUUAUCUUUAAAAAAUGUUAGACAGUCUGUGCCCAGAGGCUUGCCUUACUUUGCUGUAGACUUUGGUCUUCAGGGAGGAUUUGCCCAUGUCAUUGAAGAUCAACACAAAUUUCCACGUUACUUUGGAAAGGAAAUCAUUGGUGGUAUGCUGGAUCUGGAGCCUAGGCUGUGGAGGAAGGGCAUCAAAGAAAGCUUUGAGGACCAGAGGAAGAAAGCAUUGCAGUUUGCUCAGUGGUGGAAACCAUUUGAUGUCACCAAAAGUAAAAGCUGUUAAGUGUACCCUGCAUGUGUCAUUUCCAUUCAGUGUAUGUCUAUUAUAUUUACAAACAACUUUGCCUUGGCCCCUGCGGGAAGCAGCAGCAGAUAGCACUCUAAUCACUGACAUCCAUGUUAGGUCAAGAUGUUUUCUUCCUCAAGGCUCCCGGGGAUUUAGUUUGGGUGAAUGUGGAAUAAGUGCAGGUGUUUCAGGAUUAUCAGUUCUCCUUCCUUUCUGUGUCUUCUACUUCUGGCUGUUCCAAAUUACUUGGCUAUGCUAGAGAAGGACUUGUUUCCAGAGGUGUAGCAUGGCUCCAAGAGAAAGUGAGUCUUAUUCCAGGUAGAGUCUGUCACCUAGCUUCUUUUGUUCUUUUUAAAUAAAACCAGAUAUAUUCAGUACUAAGUGAAAUUUAUUUUCAUAGUUUUAUGGAACAGUUAUUUUUUUUCUUUUAUUUUUUACUUGUAGCAUAUACUAUCACUAUGUAUUACCUUUGCUAAAGAAAAGUAUUAAAGAAUUUAAUGAUAAUAAAAAUAUAAAAUUGCAGACUUAUUUUUAUUUUGGGACCUUUAAAUAGUCUGAAUUUUGGUGUUGUCAUAAGUAAUUGUUCUACAAAACACAAUUCUCAGUUGUUUGCCGUUCAUGUAAAGUUAAAAUCUGUAGCCAAAUCAUUGUACUUGGAUUUUAAUGUUGUCACAAAUAUUAAAUAAUGUAAGUAUCCAGGGAAUAUUUCUUUAUUCCUACUUGAUUAAAAGUACUUAAGCUUUAUUGUCCUUAACAUUUGAUCUUGUGAAAACCUGUUUGUAUAAAAUGUAUUGUAGUAACUUUUUAAAACAUAUUUUUAAAAAAAUCAAACUGUGGUAUUUUAUUAUAAAAUGUUAGUGCCUAUUACCAGUGUGAAGUUGUUCCAGAGUAACUCAUUAUGCACAUAUUUUAAUGUCAGACUGUCACUGUUUCCAUGUAUGUUCCUUGUAUGUUACAAAAGGCAAUUGUUUUUGUUCUUCUCAAAUUUCAUAAAUAAUGGUAAAGCUUAAUGGCUUUAAUUUUCAGUGCUCAUGAAUUACAUCUAAGUGUAUAUGUGUGUAUAUAGUAGAGGUGUGACUGUAAUAUAGUGUUUUCAAACUCUUGGCUUUGUAUCAAGUCUUAAAUGACACUAAAACUUUUAUUUUUAUAAUCAGGGAGUUAAAACAUUUGUUUAUAAAGUGCUGUGUUAUGUUGAUAGUUCAAAAAAUAUGAGUAUUUUUUACUUUAAUUCUACUGAAACUGUAGCAGCCGUAUCUGAAAUUAAUUCCUCUUUGUCCUGACUCCAGUUACUUCUUGAUGCACUAUCAAUUUCUCAAAACCUCAGUGAUUUGUCAUAAUAACUAUUAUCUUCUACCUAUGGUUGGGGCUUUCAAUGAUUUGUGUGGUGAUAUUUUGUCUGUGAUAUAACAAAUAAAGCUUGCCUGAAGAUC